AUGGAGUGGAGAAAAUUAAAUGAACAUAUUAGCUCCGAGUUAGAGAUGAACCCAGAACUUGGUAUAAUAAGAGCUAUCCUUAUGAAAAGCUAUGAUGGUUUACCAUAUCAUCUCAAGUCUUGUUUCUUGUAUAUGUCCAUCUUUCCUGGACACUACAGUAUUAGCCGAAGACGCUUGGUGCAUCGAUGGAAAGCAGAGGGUUACUCAAGUGAGGUACGUGGCAAAUCUAAGGGGGAAAUAGCUGAUGGCUACUUCCUGGAACUUAUUGAGCGAAGCUUGGUCCUACCAUAUAAAGAAUCAAUUGGUAGUAGAAAGGGUAUUUCCUCUUGCAAACUUCAUGAUCUCAUGCGCGAAAUCAGCAUCUCAAAGGCAAUGGAAGAAAAUCUUGUUUUUAGAAUGGAAGAAGGAUGCAGCUUAAACACCCAAGGCACCAUACGUCACCUCGCUAUAAGCAGCAAUUGGGAGGGUGAUCAGAGUGAGUUUGAGAGCAUAGUGGAUUUAUCUCAUAUAAGCCUUAAGCUUGCGAAGGAGACACCAAUAACAGCUGACAUGGAGCGUGAGCCAAUAAAUAGGCGUGAUGUGUGCACAUUCUAUUGCUGCGUGGUGUUCCCCUUUUUAGCAAGGCUUGCAGAUCCACUUGGCGUUGCAGUGCCAAGAGGGCUCAGGAAGUUGAAAGCCUUGCACACACUGGGAGUUGUGAAUAUUGCACGAGGGAAAGCCAUCCUACAGGACAUUAAGAGGCUCACCCGGCUACGCAAGCUAGCAGUUACUGGCAUCAACAAGAAAAAUUGCAAAGAGUUUUGUUCCACCCUUGUCCAUCUCAGCUCUCUGGAAUCACUGUCAGUGCACUCAAAGGAGGAAGGUCUAGGUGACUGCUUGGAUGGAUUGUCCUCGCCUCCGAAGAACAUCCAGAGCCUCAAUUUGUAUGUUCAUCUGGACAAAUUACCAGAGUGGGUCUCGGGUCUCCAGAAUCUUGUGAAGCUGAAGCUGGAAGACACCAGGCUAACGGAGGUGGAUGGCACCAUACGAGUCCUUGGCAAGCUAUCUAACCUGUCCAUCCUUUGUCUGCUGCGCCGCACUUUCGAGGCAGAAGGCCGUCGUUUAUCUUGCCGUAGGGAGGCAUUCCCGAGUUUGACAGCGCUGGAGACAGGGUGGUACACUGGCAUCAGAUCGGUGUUGUUUGAAGAAGGAACAGCGCCUAAGCUUGAGCUGUUGCUUGACAGGGGCUCAAUCUCUUUUUCUGGGCUAUCAUGUCUGCCGAGCCUCAAGGAAGUUAUGAUUCGUAUGGAUCCACAGUUGGCGAAUGACGUGCAGUACCAGCUUAGCAGGAAUCCAAACAAGCCUGUUCUGAAGUUUGUUUGA